UCACGGGGCUAACCUCACAAUCGAUGUAUCAAGUGUCAUGUCAUCGUAAUCAGUCGAUAAACAUUUGCAGGCACAUGCACUGACUUCAGCCGCGAUUAUUUAAUUAAAAGUGGCUCGCCAACGCACGUAAAUCAUCAUGAAAAUAUGGCUGGUGGUGUUGCACAUUGUUCUGGUCGGUUGCUCCGUCUGGGCCACCAAUUAUCAGGACAAUGAGUUCGCCGAAUUCGAAGAGUUCGACGCUGACGAGAACUUCGUCGACGCAAGAAGCAACGAGAAAAUCGCCACUGAUGACGAACCAGGCGACAUUUUCAUCUCGCCGGACGACGAGGACGACGACGUGGUGAUCACCAGCGACGAUGAUUCAGAAUUCGAGCAUUUUCAAGACACCGAAGAGUUCGAGGGCUUCAAUGAACGCGAGGAGAAGGUGGAAGCAGAGCCAAAAAUCACCAUUACCAAGGUACCCAUCCACUUCCGGGCGAAUUGGGACAGCUACUGGCUGGAGAUCCUCAUGAUUGCUGGUUUGGUAGUGUAUUUCAUCAAUUUCAUCACUGGUAAAUCCAAGAAUACAAUGCUGGCGAAUACAUGGUUUCAAAAUCACAAACAACUACUCGAGGACAACUUCUCACUGGUAGGUGACGAUGGCAACUUGGAACACAGCCGAGAAUCCGGCGGUUUAGUCAAAGAAUCAGAGAAUAUCUUCACUCUCUGGUGCAGUGGCCGAACCUGCUGUGAAGGCAUGCUGGUUGAGUUAAAAUUACUCAAAAGGCAAGACCUGGUUGCUGUGUUAGCUGGCAUGAUGCGACCUGCACUGGAUCAGAUCCAUAUUAAGAUCACAAUGGACGUUGACGCGAUGGACACGUUCGUCUUCUGCGUGGCGAGCAAGAAAACCGCUGUGCAUUUAUCCAAGGACAUGGCCGAUAUCAGCGUGUAUUGUCCAGAGCGUAAGCCAGGCGAGAAGUUUAAUAUCCCGUCGAGCUUCCUUGUGAUGAGCGAGAUCGCCGAGGCGACGUCCGCGGUGCUCGACUCGAAAAUGGUUGCCAUAUUAAAUAAGUACACCGAUUUGGUGGAUUACGUCCACAUCUCCGAUCAGUAUUCCGGGCCGAAACAGACCGAGGAUACUGGUGCGCUAAAAUUACCUGACGUUAAGAGGGUUUUAUUGUUUGGUUUUAAUGUACCUAUCAAAGGAAUGCAGCUGGAGCAGGCCAUGGACCAGCUGAAACCCCUGAUGGUUUUGGUUUUCUACUGCAUGGAGAAAAUGAAGCGUUAUCGUUUAUCUAAAGAGGGUAAAACCAAGGCGGAUAAAAACCGUCAACGCGUCGAAGAGGCUUUCCUGAAAUCCACACACGCCGCACGCGCUGAAGCAGCCGCCGCCCGUCGUGAAGAAAAACGCCGCCAAGAAAAAGAAAAAGUAAUGGCCGAAGACGACCCGGAGCGUCAGCGCCGUUACGAAGAGCGCGAGCAGAAACGUCUCGCUAAGAAACGCGCUCCUAAAAUGAAACAAUUAAAAGUCAAAGCAUUGUAGGCAGCUCUACAAUGUUUAUCUUUGCGACGCAGUUGUGUUCCCUGCAUAAAAGUACCUCAUACACUUCCCUCAUUGAUCAUUUAUAAUUAUUUAUCAUGCGUUACGUGAUAAUAGUCGCUCGUGGAAUGUUUUUCUGAUUUCGGUGUGUAUACGGCGUUUUUAUUUCCUUAUUAAAUCGAGUCAUGUCUAUCUAAGCAAUAAAAUUCAUGUGAAACAUGCCAAAAGAUUGAUAUAGCUAUGUUUGCGCAGUUUUUGCCUUUUGUUGAUAUCUGACGAGUACAAUAAACGAACAGACUGGUCUUAA